AUGGAAAAUAUCUUGCAGGAUUGGCUCUCGAAAAUAAGGGAAGGAAUUUCAAUGGCUAUAGGUCAUUUUAAAAUACAGAGCUGGUGGUUGAGAAAAUUACUCAUCUCAUUUAUCCGUUCACUAAAGCAAACAUUCAAAACAUUAAUGAAUCGAUUGAACCAGCUAACUGAAACUGAAGGAUUAAAUGAAAAUCUGCAAACAGACAAGAUAACGACGAUGGUCAAAUACAUAAAUAGUCACUUCUCCGUAUGUAAGUUCAGAGAAAAUUGCGCUUAAAGAUAGCGUCAAAUAUAAAUUCGGCUUGCACAAGAUUAAGAUGCGCAUUUCCUUAUCUAUGUCAAAAGUAGUGUAUCAUUCACUCAUUGCGCAUGACACCAGCAUGUCCAUAUUUACACCUAAUUCCAAUGGAUAUGUCUAA